AUGACCGAGAUUGCCCCCAAGGCCGUAACAUACUGCGACGUUUGCUCGUUUCCUCCAGAGUACUGUGAAUUCGGAGGCCAGUUCAGAAAAUGCAGAGAAUGGCUCAGCGAAAACCACAAGGAGAUUUUUGAAAAGUUGUACAGUGAUGCUGCUUUGGCCAAUGCUACCCUGACAUUGUCGAUCGAGAAGGAGGAGAAGAUCCACAAGGACUUGGAGAAGAAGCAGGCCAAGGAGGAGGCCAAGGCGGAGCGUGAGUUGAAGAAGAAACUUGCGUCCAAGGUGGUGAUCAAGAGAAUCGAGAGAAACAGAAGAAAGCACGUCAUCUCCAUCGGCGGUUUGGAGGUUUUCAACAUCGACAUGAAGAAGUUGUCCAAGACUUUUGCACAGAAGUUUGCCACUGGUGCUUCUGUGGUGAAGAAUGCUGAAAAGAAGGACGAGAUUGUCGUUCAGGGAGACGUCAGUGACGAGGCCAGAGCGUACAUCGAGAAGUUGUUAGAGGAGAAGGGCUUGGAUGAGGUCAAGGUGGAGCAGAUUGACGAUAAGAAGAAGAAAAAGAGGGAGGAGGCUGCUGCCGCUGCUGCUGCUGCGGGCAAGAACUAG